AUGGUGCAGCGCAUGUGGGCCGAGGCGGCCGGGCCCGCGGGGGGCACCGAGCCGCUGUUUCCGGGCUCCCGGCGGAGUCGCAGCGUGUGGGACGCCGUGCGCCUGGAGGUGGGCGUCCCCGACAGCUGCCCGGUGGUGCUGCACAGCUUCACGCAGCUCGACCCCGAUCUGCCGCGCCUGGAGAGCUCCACGCAGGAGAUUGGUGAGGAACUGAUCAACGGGGUCAUCUACUCCAUCUCCCUGCGCAAGGUUCAGCUGCACCAGGGCGCCACGAAGGGGCAGCGCUGGCUGGGGUAUGAGAAUGAGUCAGCCUUGAGCCUCUACGAGACAUGCAAGGUGCGCACAGUGAAGGCUGGCACGCUAGAGAAGCUGGUGGAGCACCUGGUGCCCGCCUUCCAGGGCAGUGAUCUUUCUUACGUCACCGUCUUCCUGUGCACCUAUAGAGCCUUCACCACCACCCAGCAGGUGCUGGACCUACUGUUUAAAAGGUACGGUAGAUGUGACGCCCUCACGGCCUCCUCUAGAUACGGCUGCAUCCUGCCCUACUCCAGUGAGGAUGGUGGACCGCAGGACCAGCUCAAAGAUGCCAUCUCUUCCAUCUUGGGAACUUGGCUGGACCAGUACUCGGAGGAUUUCUGCCAACCUCCGGACUUUCCCUGUCUCAAGCAGCUGGUGGCUUACGUGCAGCUCAACAUGCCUGGCUCCGACCUGGAGCGCCGAGCUCACCUUCUCCUGGCUCAGCUGGAGGACAUGGAGCCCAGCGAGUCUGAGCUGGAGGGUGGGGAGCCUGGGGCAGGUCUGUCACCAGCUCCGGUGCUAGCUCUAAACCCAGCUCCAGAGCUAGAGCCAGCUCUAGCCCCGGCUCUGGAGCCCAACCCGGUGGCAGCACCAGCAUCAUGUCCAGAGCUAAAGCCAGCACCAGCUUCCGAGCAAGAGCCAGCUCCAGUGCCACCGCCGGAGCCCGCGCCAUCCCCAGCGCCCGCUCCAGAGCUGGAGCCGGCCCUCUCGCAGACUCUAGAGCUCGAGCCGGCCGCGGUACCCGCUCCGGAGCCGGAGCCUCCCUGGCCCUCACCAGAGGUCGCGGAGAAUGGGCUGAAUGCCGAGAAGCCUCACGUCCUGCUCUUCCCCCCUGACCUGGUAGCAGAGCAGUUCACGCUGAUGGACGCGGAGCUAUUCAAGAAGGUGGUACCCUACCACUGCCUGGGCUCCAUCUGGUCCCAGCGGGACAAGAAGGGCAAAGAACACCUGGCACCCACCAUUCGCGCCACCGUCGCCCAGUUCAACAACGUGGCCAACUGCGUCAUCACUACCUGCCUCGGGGACCGGAGCAUGAAGGCCCCAGACAGGGCCCGGGUGGUGGAGCACUGGGUCGAAGUGGCCAGGGAGUGUCGAGUCCUGAAGAACUUCUCCUCCCUCUAUGCCAUCCUCUCUGCCCUGCAGAGCAACGCCAUCCACCGGCUAAAGAACACCUGGGAAGAGGUCUCCAGAGACAGCUUCCGGAUAUUCCAGAAACUUUCGGAGAUUUUCUCAGACGAGAACAACUACUCCCUGAGUCGAGAGCUGCUCAUUAAGGAGGGAACUUCCAAGUUUGCCACCCUGGAGAUGAAUCCCAAGAGAGCCCAGAGGCGGCCGAAGGAGAUGGGUGUCAUCCAAGGCACUGUCCCCUACCUGGGCACAUUCCUCACUGACCUGGUGAUGCUGGACACUGCCAUGAAGGACUAUCUGUAUGGGAGACUGAUCAACUUUGAGAAGAGGAGGAAGGAAUUCGAAGUGAUCGCCCAGAUCAAGCUGCUGCAGUCAGCCUGCAACAAUUACAGCAUCGCUCCCGAGGAGCGCUUCAGAGCCUGGUUCCGGGCCUUGGAGCGGCUCAGCGAGGCCGAGAGCUACAACCUGUCCUGUGAGCUGGAGCCGCCGUCCGAGUCAGCCAGCAACACCCUGAAGACCAAGAAGAGCACGGCCAUUGUCAAACGCUGGAGCGACCGCCAGGUCCCCAACACAGAGCUCAGUACCAGUAGCAGUGCCCACUCCAAGUCCUGUGACCAGCUCCGAUGUGGCCCCUACCUCAGCAGCGGGGACAUUGCAGACGCGCUCAGUGUGCACUCAGCAGGCUCCUCUAGCUCCGACGUGGAGGAGAUCACCAUGAGCUUUGUCCCAGAGUCCCCAGAUGGCCAAGAAAAGAAGUUCUGGGAGUCAGCCUCCCAAUCGUCCCCAGAGACCUCCGGCAUCAGCUCGGCCUCCAGCAGCACCUCGUCGUCGUCAGCCUCCACGACACCCGUGGCCACCACGCGCACCCAUAAGCGCUCCGUCUCAGGGGUGUGCGGCUACAGCUCCUCACUGCCACUGUACAACCAGCAGGUGGGCGACUGCUGCAUCAUCCGGGUGAGCCUGGACGUGGACAACGGCAACAUGUACAAGAGCAUCCUGGUGACCAGCCAGGAUAAGGCCCCCGCCGUCAUCCGAAAGGCCAUGGACAAGCACAACCUGGAUGAGGAUGAGCCCGAGGACUACGAGCUGGUGCAGGUCAUCUCAGAAGAUCGCAAGCUGAAGAUCCCUGAAAAUGCCAAUGUGUUCUACGCCAUGAACUCCGCCGCCAACUAUGACUUUGUCCUAAAGAAGCGGACCUUCACCAAGGGGACGAAGGUCAAGCACGGAGCCAGCUCCACCCUCCCUCGCAUGAAGCAGAAAGGACUCAAGAUUGCCAAGGGCAUCUUCUAAGGACGUCUCGCAGGGUCUGGGUCUGGUCGGCCAACGGUGAAGCACUUAGAGACUAGAGUGGCCCAGGCCUCACAGGUUCCUCAGCCUACCUGCCAGCCCAGGCCACCCCCAAAUGCCAGUUGCACCCCAAACCUCUCCUGCUGCCGGGAUUGACACCUGUCAUUGGCAGGCUGACCUGGCCUCCAGGGAUCACCCGCCGCCUUAGGUGCCUUCUGCUCUCUGGAACCAGAGGACUAGCUGAGACUUUUGCCAAGGAGUGCUGCCAACCGGGCAUGGUGCCCUUGCCUGCCCCUGGGCACUGCCCUCCACAUACUUUCCUGAUACCUUCCCCGGUGCAGGUCACUGCCACUGGUGGCCUCAGGUGCUCCAGGGCACCCACUCUCCCAGGGGUCUGACCACUGCUGGCAUGGGAACUUGAUGGGGGUCCCGGUCCGUCCUCCCAAUACUCUAGCCACCAAAGAUUCCACCAUCAGGGCUGACAGAGUGAGGGAGUCUCGUCCACCACGAGCCCCGGCCCUCCCCGGGAGCAGAGAGAAGCCCCCCCAUGGACCACUCUUACCCCACGAGUGCACACAGUGCCACUGGUGUCGUCCGUGCCUCUGAAAGCACCAUUUCCCACUGCAUCCUGGGCUGUAAGAGACGACAUGAGAUGGGGGCUGGGACAAGGAGGACGGGCAGGACAGGGGGAGGACGGUUGAAUAUUUGUAUAAAAAGCAAAAAAAAAAAAAAAUGUUUACUGAUUGGGUGGGGUAAUAUUUAUUUGUUGUAAAUAGAAAACGCUAGACUUGAAUAUUAUAUUAAAAUUUUGUUUCUACUAUAA